GUCAAAGUCAGGCAGAGUAUGAGCAAACCAAGUUAGGUUGUCGUACUCAAUUGAUAGAACAUUAUCGCAGUGACGUACUUAAAGUAUCAGCAAUACCUUUACAACCAGAUGAGGAAAAUUAUAACUUCAGUGAUGUUUAUAUAAGACCCACUAUAACAAACAAGAUAGAAAAGAACAGAGGGGAGUCUGAGGAAAAAGAAAUAGAGUCCAUGUCAGAGAUUUUCACAAAGAACGGGGAACCACAGAAAUUUAUUUAUGUUGUUGGAGAUGCAGGGUCUGGUAAGAGUAGUUUCUGUAAAUAUUUGAUCAACUGUUGGUGUAUGGCACACAGUGAUGGACACAAUGAAGAUGAUGAGUUUGAAGGAGUCAAGGAAAUGAAGAAAUUUGAUUUCAUGUUUUAUAUUUCUCUUAGACAUAACAUAAAGAUCCGAAGUAUCCAAGAAAUGCUUGAAAUGCGAUAUGAUAAGAUAAAAAAUUUAAGUAAACUUCUGGAAAAUGAUUCUGAAAAGAUAAUUAUUUUGCUUGAUGGUUUAGAUGAAUGGUCUUUUGACAGUGAGACUAGGAAUGAGUUCCAGGCAGGCCUUCCGGAACGUGACUUUACAAAGAAAUACACCAUUGUUACUACAUCACGGCCCUGGAAAAUUCACAGUUUGAGAGUAAGUAAUAGAGAGAUUCAUCAAUUAUUGAAAUUAAAAGGGUUUGAUGAAACACAUGAAGAAGAAAUGAUUAAGAAAAUAAUAACAGCAUUGAACAAAUCAUUAGAUCCUAAUGUGUGUGAACAAAAGCUUAAUGUUCAGUCUCUGGUUGGCCUGAAACAGGUACCAAUUAUGCUGCAGCAAUUGGUUUGUCUAUGGUGUGAUGGUAAACUUGAUAAAACCUCAAGGUGUGCUAUUUAUACUGGUAUGUUAGAACUUUAUUUCACCUGGAAUAUCAAUAAAACUUUAGGAAAUAAUACAGAAUGUAUGGAAAGUUCUCAGAAUGUUGAACUCCCUCAGUAUUUAACAGAUGUAGAGAUAUGUAGAUUAAAUAGUCAUCUUAUAUAUGGUGUGUCGCACUUGGCUUAUGAGACAUUGUUCAAUUAUCCUAAGGAUAAGUCCUUAACAUUUGACAAAUCUGUGUUUGAUCAUUUAAAAAUAUCACAAGAUGUGCGACAAACAUGUCUGAAACUGGGAAUUUUGACAGAAGAUAAAUGUCCUUCUUUUUCUGUAUCCAAACCUAAAAGCUCAUUGUUCUCUUUCAUUCACAAAUCAAUGCAAGAAUUUCUGGCUGCAGUGAAUAUUGGUAUAAAUUUCAAUGCAAAAAUGUGUUCAUCAGAUAGUACAGGAAAUGUUGAAUUAGUCAAAAAGUUUAUUUGUGAGGUUUUUCGGAAUUGUUCAACAGUAAAUGACAUAUUAGAGCAGUCAAAUGUCAUCAUUAUGCUAUCUGGUCUAGAAUCUAGAUUAGCAACUCAUGUUUCAAAAUACAUAUAUGAUACUGCAUCGAAAGACUCUUGUGUUCAGGAAUACAGGAGAACAAUAAGUAGUGACAUUUAUAGCGAUCAUGAUUGUAUUACUGAUAUUCAAAAGCUUAUGUUUGAGUCAAUGGAAGAAUUCAAUGCAGCAUGUAGUAUAGGUGGUAAUACUGUAUUUUAUAUAGGCGAUUUGGUCAUUUAUCAUAGUGAUGUUGUUUGUUCAAGUAUUGACCAGCAUCAAAUUGUUCCUGACUCUGUUCUGUCUAUUAAUGUAGUUUACAUCAACACAAAAAAUGUUAAAUUUACAAAAUAUUUACCAAAGUUUCAUCAUCUUGAAAAAAUUGCAAUAAGAUAUGAAUCUGAAUCUCAAUGGUUAUUUAGUACACAAAGUGAUAGUACACAGAGUAAUGAAAGGAGGAUUGAUGAAAUAAACAAUUGUGUUUCUGAGACAAUUAAAGUAAAUACUUCAACAUUAAAAUCUCUGUCUCUUGAUGUCUAUUACAAUGACAAGUAUUACCCAGUGUGUAAAACAGUUGUUAGUAACCUACCUAGUAUGAUCGAUCUUGUAGCAAUAAGAAUGAGUGGUAUAACAAUGAGUCAUGGUGAUACUACUACAUUUUGUAAUUUUCUUGAGGGAACCAGUCAUCUUGAACAAAUACAUCUUGUUCAUGUUGAAUGUGAGUGUAUGAAGCAGCAUGAUGUAAAUUUAUCAAAACAUCAACAACUUCAGUACCUUUAUUUGGAUAAUACUGUAAGUGUGAUAGAUGCUGAUACUACAAAAAUUGAAAUAUUUAAUUUUGGAACUUUGAAAAAUAGUAAUUAUGAGAAAAUAUUUGAUAUUAUUAGAAAAUCUUACAAAUUAAAAGAACUUGAAUUGUAUGCAGAUGAUAACAAUAAAUCUCAAUCAUAUCAUACCAACAUAACAAAGAGACUAGUCACAGUAUUACCAUUGUUACACAAUCUCAGUGAGCUUGAGUUACAGUGUUGUAGGUUAACUGACAAUAUAAUACAGUUACCUUUAGAGAUGAAGAGUUUAAAGAACAUUAAGCUGGAUCGUGAAAUAAUGAGUUUGACAACAUGGCAGAAGUUUGUUGAUAGUCUUCCUCACAUUCCUCAUACUGUAGAUGUGGAUGUAAGGUUCUGUAAUAUAACAGGAGAUGGUGAGGAGAUUAAUGAUGAUAUGUUAACAUUGGUAUCACAAGGACGUAGAAGAGAGAAGGGAAAUGAUGCUAUACAGUAUUUAAGAGAUCAGGAGCACUUAUUUCAUGUUAAAGUUAAAGUUCAAAUUUUGUUUCAGGCCAGACUUCAGACCUCUUUUCUUUCAAAAAUGAGAAAUCUUCUGAAUGGGAUAGAUGCAUCACAAGAGGAAGUGAGACAGCUGCAAAAAAUUUAA